GAGGAGGAGGCACUCUCAUCAACUCGCACAUUCUCGAAUGUGCGUCGAACCCCCUUUUUCUUAUCUGUUUUUUCACCCGUCGCCCAACAUCAUUCCUGGUUUUGUUGCUGUGGGGCUGACGAUUCGUUGCAGUUGGGUUUGUGGAGGUCCUGCAAGGUUCAGUAGUAAUGGCAGCGCUGGCGAGUUCAGCUGCUACGGCAGGUAUGAUAGGGCAGGCCCCCCGGCAGAGCACCGUCGCAUUGCGAAUGGCUUCCUCGAGAGCCUUCGUGCCUGCGCAAUUCGGUGUCCAGUGCCUCAGAUGGCGCGGCAGGGUUCAGGUUCAGAGCAGUCAUUACAGGCGUCCUGUGUUCGUCGCUCAGAAUUCCGCACAAACCGAAGAGACAGAAGUAGGAGAGGACGUCGAGACGAAUGAAGAGGCGCUUGCGGAAGAAGAAUCCGCGAGCAAUGAUGCUAGCCAAUCCCCAGCUGCAGAAGAACAAUCAUCGUCUAUUAAAUCUCUACUUGAGGCCUACAGAGAAGCUGUGGCUGCAGACGAUGAGGGAGCUAUCAGUGACGUUGAGAGCCAGCUUGAGGCGAUCGCUAAUGAGCGAGAUUCGUUGGGACUUAAGGUUAACAGUCUUAUCGAGGAAAUUUCAACAAACAAAGAUAGAUAUCUCCGGCUCAAUGCGGAUUUCGACAAUUAUAGAAAGCGGUCCGAGAGGGACCGUCUUGCUACCGCAGGAAACGUAAGGGGCGAAGUUAUUGAGAGUUUGCUACCCAUGGUGGACAACUUUGAAAGAGCAAAAACUUCCAUCAAGACUGAGACCGAAGCCGAACAAAAGAUUGACAAUGCGUACCAGGGUAUUUACAAGCAGUUCGUGGAGAUCAUGAAGUCACUUGGUGUUGUUGCUGUCGAAACAGUCGGCAAACCCUUUGAUCCUAACCUUCACGAGGCAAUCAUGCGUGAGGACUCAACUGAGUUUGCUGAAGAUGUUGUUAGUCAAGAGUUUCGUCGAGGUUUUAGGAUAGGAGACAGGUUGCUGAGGCCUGCUAUGGUGAAGGUUUCAUCGGGUCCUGGUCCUGCGGCCGCCACGGACACCGAUUUACCAAUAGAAGAAGCCCUUGCGAAUGAGUGAUGUAUCCUUGACCAACUUGCUAGAUAAGACACUUAGUCUCUGUAGUAUGCUUAGAUCCCAGCUGCUGCAACAUAUCUUUAGACCUAAUUUAAAAUUUUCAAUCCAGUCCGACCAUUGGGACUGCUAAAAGGCCUCCGCAGAAUUUAUAACACUGAGUUGCAUGAUAA